UACUUUCAAUUUUUCAUUUUUAGAUAUUAUAUAACACUGAUUGUUUGUACUCACACAAGAUCCUGCUUUAUCACACUCAAACGGCUAGCUUCUCUUUCUGGCACAUUUACGUACUAUGAGACCUUUUUCAGACUCACUAUCACCCACUUUUCCUCUUCUUCCUAGAAACACCAACAACUCACCCAUAAAUAAAUCAACAAUUAAGAGAAAAAUACAAUCAUUCUCUCUAUCCAAUGCUAAACAACAACAUGGUCCCCACUCUUUUCACUAGAUUCUCUGUUGUAAUUAUGUAAAUCACAAUUCUACUACUAACAUAAUGUCACUUUUUGCAGUGAGAAAAAGAUAAUUAUUCCCUCAUUUGCAAAUAGUCGUUGCAAUUCUUCAAACUAUUUAUGAUCUCUCCUUUCUUAAACCCGUUAUCAAAGCUCGUCUUCCAACAUAAUCUCACCAAUUUCAAGCAUUCAUUCCGUCUAUUAUAUCCUCUCUGUGCGAUACAGCUUCCAUUUUUAUCUUCCCCAGAAAAACCUUUGGCUUCUUCCCUCACCAACAAACAACAUUGUUUCUUUCUGGUUAUUUUAGCUUCUUCACACUCUCACACGCGUCGUUCCAGGUGAAGAGAACCACACAACACAAAAAAAGAAGUCUCCUUUUCCAAACCCUGAAAGAACCAUAGCCAAGACAAAAAUGGCUAUGCUUCUUCUCAUUCCUCUGUUACUAUCUUCCAUUUCACUGUUCACCAUUUCAACUGCAACGUUCUCCCCGCAACCCGGAAUAUGCUACGGCCAGCUCGGCGACAACCUCCCGCCGCCGCGAGAAUCAGUCUCCCUCCUAACCUCCCUUCACGCCAAGCGCGUGAAGCUCUACGACGCCAACUCCACGAUCCUCAACGCGCUUCGGCACACGCGCCUCCAGGUCUCCGUCAUGGUACCCAACGAACUCAUCUCCAACAUCUCCUCCAACCAAACCCUCGCCGACAAAUGGGUGUCCUCGAACGUCGCAGCCUUCCUCCCCAAGACCCGCAUCCGUUACAUCCUCGUCGGGAACGAAAUCAUCAGCAGCACCACCAAUGCCACGUGGCGCCACCUCGUCCCCGCCAUGCGCCGCAUCAAACACGCACUCAAAUCCCUCGGGAUCCGCAAAGUGAAGGUCGGAACCUCCUCCGCCAUGGACGUGCUCCAAACUUCUUUUCCUCCCUCAAACGGUUCGUUUCGUGCAGACAUAGCUGUUCCCAUCAUGAAACCCAUGUUGAAGUUCCUCAACCGAACCAAAUCCUUUUUCUUCUUAGACGUUUACCCUUUCUUCGCGUGGUCCUCUGAUCCGGUUAAUAUAAACCUCGAUUACGCGCUAUUUGAAUCCAAGAAUCUUACGGUGACGGAUCCGGGUUCGGGUUUGGUUUACACCAACCUCUUCGACCAGAUGGUGGACGCGGUUUAUUUCGCAAUGGAAAAACUUGGCUAUCCGGGUAUUCGGAUCUUUGUAGCGGAAACGGGUUGGCCCAAUGGCGGGGACCUCGACCAGAUUGGAGCGAAUGUUUACAACGCUGCCACUUACAACCGAAAUUUCAUAAAAAGGGUUACGAGAAAACCACGGGUUGGGACGCCGGCUCGACCGGGUUCGCUUCUUCCGUCUUUUUUGUUCGCUCUAUUUAAUGAAAACCAGAAACCGGGUCCGGGCACGGAGCGCCACUUCGGGUUGCUGCACCCGAACGGGUCCAGGGUUUUCGACAUUGAUUUGUCGGGGCGGACGCCGGAGUCGGACUUCCGGCCGCUUCCGGCACCGGAGAACAACGAGAAGUAUAAGGGGAAGAUAUGGUGCGUGGUGGCGCGCCGGGAUAACGCGACGGUGCUGGCGGCGGCGCUCUCUUACGCGUGCUCGCAGGGGAAUGGGACGUGCGACCCGAUCCAACCCAGAGGGAAGUGCUUUAAACCCAAUUCGGUUUUCUGGCAUGCGAGCUAUGCUUUUAGUGCUUAUUGGGCGCAGUUUAAGAAGGAUGGUGCAACUUGUUACUUCAACGGUCUUGCCACACAAACAGCAAAUGAUCCAAGUUAUGGAUCUUGCAAGUUCCCAAGUGUGACACUUUGAAGAAGAGGAGAAAACAAACAAAUAACUCAAAUGGGUUUUCAUGACUCAAUCAUACAAUUGAUUAUUUGUUUUGACACUUUUUUUUUGUUGCUUUCAUUUCAUGAAUGUGUGUUCCUCCUAUAUGUAGCAGCACCCCUAUGCCAACGAGGAGGAACUUACAUUGGUGAAUGAUUUUGAAUGGAUUGUUUGGAUAACCAUUUUAUGUAACAUUACUAUCAUUCCCCAAUGGAUGGUCAUUAUUUGUA